UCUCUUUUGAACGCGCACUCCCUCCGCUCCGUGCGAGAGCGUGCGCGCGCGCGCUCCGCAAGCCGUCUGCGUCCUCGGCGUCCUUCCCCCGAGCGAGCGAGCGAGCGAGCGAACGAGCCGGGCUGCGCGCGCCGCCUGCCUCCGCGGGCCCCCUGUCCGUACGGCGCGCGCUCCCGACAGGAGGACAGUCAUGGCGGAGAACGUGCUGGAGGUGGGGCCCUCGAACCCGAAGCGGCCGAAGCUGAGCCCCCCCGCCGCGGACGGUCCAGACCUGGGAUCGCUCUUCGACCUGGAGAACGACCUGCCGGACGAGCUGAUCCCCAACGGCGGUGACGUGGGCCUCAUGACCACGUCUUCUUCCAACGGCGGGGCCGGCGCCGGGUCCACGGCUGGGGGCGGGGCCUCCGUGGGCUCCGGCGCUAUGGUGCCCGAUGCCGCUGCCAAGCACAAGCAGCUGUCAGAGCUACUGAGGCCAGGCAGCGGGUCCAACCUGUCCGUCAACCCCCAGCUGGGCUCCCUGUCUAAGGGGCUCCCGACUCCCGCCGGCUCAACCUCCUUGCCCCCGCAGGCUCAGAAGCAGGGUGCCGUGGGGGCGGGGCCGGGCGCGGCGGCCCUCGGCCUCGGCGCGGCCUUCGGGCAGCCCCACGGACUCCUGGGCCAGAACGCCCAGCCGCAGCCCGGCCAGGUGGUGAACGGGACGCUGGGAGCGGUGGGGCGUGGCCGCGCAGCCCCUGGGAUGCAGUACCAGGGGCAGGCCAUGCAGGGGGCGGCAGGAGGAGGAGGAGCAGCUGGAGGGGGUGCUACGGGCACCACAGGAGCAGGCAGUGUACUGGCAGAGACCCUGGCCCAGGGAGCCACGCAGAUGGGGGCGCACCCCACCAUGAACGCCCCGCCGGCCGGGAACAUGAGCAAGAUGGGACUGUCGGGGAACGGCGGCGCGUUCGGCCAACCUUACGGACAGGCCCAAGGCCCGGGGCAGCAGCUAGGGGGCACCGGUGUGAACGCCCAGCUCCAGAACAAGGCGCCGCUGCCCAACAGCCUGCCCCCCUUCCCCGCCGACCUGAAAGGUGCCGCCAUCCCCGGCUCGCCGAACCUGUCCCAGAUGCAGCAGCCGCAGCAGCAGCAACCGACACCUCAGCAGCAGGUGCCCCCCGUUGGCAUGGGCCCCGGCCAGGCUGUGCCGGCGGGCCCCACGGCCGACCCGGAGAAGCGCAAGCUGAUCCAGCAGCAGCUGGUCCUGCUGCUGCACGCCCACAAGUGCCAGCGGCGCGAGCAGGCCAACGGCGAGGUGCGACCCUGCGCGCUUCCCCACUGCCGCACCAUGAAGAACGUCCUCAACCACAUGACCCACUGCCAGGCCGGCAAGUCCUGCCAGGUGGCCCACUGCGCGUCCUCCCGCCAGAUCAUCUCGCACUGGAAGAACUGCACUCGGCACGACUGCCCCGUAUGCCUGCCCCUCAAGAACGCCAGUGACAAAAGGAGCCAGCAGCCCCUGCUGAGCUCCCCCAGCGCCAGCCUGCAGAGCACCAUGGGCACGGUAGGCGCCGGCCAGCAGAACGCACCAACCAUCAACAGCACCGCGCCCAUCGACCCCAGUUCCAUGCAGAGGGCGUACGCGGCGCUGGGCCUCCCCUACGGCAACCAGGCAUCCACGCAGACGCAACAGCAGCAGCAGGUCCACGGGCAGCAGACGGCGCCAACGCAGCAGCUGCGACCCAUCAGCGCACUCGGCGCUAACCAGAUGAACGUGGCCCCCGGGGGACUCGCCGUACCCACGUCGGAACAGACGGGCCUGCACUCGGACACAUCCCUGCAGUCCUCGCUCGCUAACGCCAGCCAGAUGCUGUCUGACGGACCUGCUCUGACCACAGCUGCGCCGCUGUCCACGACGGGUGUGCACAAGGCCUGGCACGAACACGUCACCCAGGACCUGCGUAACCACCUGGUGCACAAGCUGGUCCAAGCCAUAUUCCCCACCCCGGACCCGGCGGCACUUAAGGAUCGGCGCAUGGAGAACCUGGUGGCGUACGCCCGCAAGGUGGAAGGGGACAUGUACGAAUCGGCCAACAGCAGGGACGAGUACUACCACUUCCUGGCCGAGAAGAUCUAUAAGAUCCAGAAGGAGCUGGAGGAGAAGCGGCGCUCGCGACUCCAGAAGCAGAUCGGCGGCCAGGCGCCUAUGGGGGGUCCCGGUGGGCAGCAGCCAGGUCUCGGGCAGCAGCCAGGUCUCGGGCAGCAGCCAGGUCUCGGACAGCCCAACGCCCUGGGGUCGGCGCCGGCCGGCCGGCAGCCCAAUGGACCUGUGCUCAUGUCCAGUGUGCCAAACCAGAUGAUGACCCACAUGCCGGUCUCCCAAGGAAUGACUCAGUACAGCCCCAUGGCCGUGCAGAACGUGCCCAUGUCCCAGGCAGCCAUGGGGACACGUUCCGCUUCUCCCAUGAGUCACCCGGUGCAGAUGAACAUGAGCUCCGUCCCAGCGAUGGGCAUGUCCCCUUCCAGGAUGCCCCAAACACAAGGCAUGAUGGGGGCGCAUGGCAACAACAUGGUGGGGCAGACGGCCGGUCAGGCGCAAUUCAUGUCGCAGUCCCAGUUCCCACCACCCGGCGGCGCAAUGAGUGCAGGCCUGGGCCAGCCUGGUGCCCAGACUGGGGUUGCACAGCAACAGCAGCAGCAGCCACAACCAAGCGCCAACCUCCCCAUGAACACCCUUGGCCCGCUUGCCCCCCAACUACCCUGUACCCCACCUAAUCAGCCGCCACUGCACGCCACACCACCCCCCGCUGGCACCCCCAACCUGCAGCAGCUACAGCACCCUGCCGGUCCGCAGACCCAGCCUUCGAGCCGGUCCUCUACGCCCGGCCCCGUCCCUCCGCAGGGCACCCCACCGGCUCCUACCCAGCCGCACACACCCGAGCCGUCACAACCGGAACCCAUAGCGCAAAUGCAGCAGCCCUCGUCCGCGCAGCCGCCGCAGCCCCCCACCACUCCGCUUUCCCAGACGGCUGCCAGCGUCGACAACCGCGUGCCCACUCCUGCCUCCGUGGUGGCCUCAUAUCAGCAUGGCCAUCCUGAUCGACCUGCCCAUGAGCCCAAACUUGAGCUACGCGAUGAUGAGCAAGACUAUGAGUUGGGAAAACUGAAAACGGAGCCCAAAAUGGAGACGGAGGAAGACUCCGGCUCGCUCUCCGUGAAGAAGGAAGAGCCGGAGAGUUCGGAGCUGAAGCAGGAGCCCAUGGAGGUGGAAGAGAAAAAGCUGGAGAUGAAGGCGGAGCCCAGAGAGGAGGAGGGCGGAGCCAAUGGGGUGUCGACGACCACGUCCCCCUCGCAGUCCCGCAGGAAAAUCUUCAAACCGGAGGAGCUGCGACAGGCUCUCAUGCCCACACUCGAGUCCCUCUAUCGGCAGGAUCCCGAGUCGCUGCCCUUCCGCCAGCCCGUUGACCCCUUGCGGCUGGGCAUACCGGACUACUUUGACAUCGUGAAGAAUCCUAUAGACUUGUCCACCAUCAAGCGCAAGUUGGACACGGGCCAGUACCAGGAGCCCUGGCAGUACGUGGACGACGUGUGGCUCAUGUUCAACAACGCCUGGCUCUACAACCGCAAAACCUCCCGUGUCUACAAGUACUGCUCCAAGCUGGCGGAGGUGUUUGAGCUGGAGAUCGACCCAGUCAUGCAGAGCCUGGGCUACUGCUGUGGCAGGAAGUACGAAUUCUCACCCCAAACCCUAUGCUGCUAUGGGAAGCAGCUGUGCACUAUUCCCCGAGACGGCACCUACUACAGCUACCAGAACAGGUACCACUUCUGUGAGAAGUGCUUCAACGAGAUCCAGGGCGACAGCGUCACGCUGGGAGACGACCCCGCGCAGCCGCAGACUAUGAUCUCCAAAGACCAGUUUGAGAGGAAGAAAAAUGACAUGCUAGACCCAGAACCGUUUGUUGAAUGUAAAGAUUGCGGGCGGAAGAUGCACCAGAUCUGCGUCCUACACUAUGAAGUCAUUUGGCCAGCAGGCUUCGUCUGCGAUGACUGUUUGAAGAAGACCAGCAGAACGCGGAAGGAGAACAAGUUUUCUGCCAAAAGACUGCAGACUACCAAGCUGGGCACCUACAUAGAGGAUCGUGUCAACAAGUACCUGAAGAGGCAGAACCAUCCGGAGGCCGGAGAGGUGUUCGUACGGGUGGUCGCCAGCUCCGACAAGACGGUGGAGGUCAAGUCUGGUAUGAAGUCCAGGUUCGUGGACACAGGUGAGAUGGCGGAGAGCUUCCCCUACAGAACCAAAGCACUUUUCGCAUUUGAGGAGAUCGACGGGGUCGACGUGUGCUUCUUCGGCAUGCACGUGCAGGAGUACGGCUCCGAGUGCCCCCAUCCAAACACCAGGCGGGUGUACAUAUCGUACCUCGACAGUAUUCACUUCUUCAGGCCACGCAUACUGCGCACUGCAGUCUACCACGAGAUCCUCAUUGGUUAUCUGGAAUACGUCAAGAAACUUGGGUACGUGACGGGCCACAUCUGGGCCUGUCCACCCAGCGAAGGAGACGACUACAUCUUCCACUGCCACCCGGUAGAUCAGAAGAUCCCAAAGCCCAAGAGGCUGCAGGAGUGGUACAGAAAGAUGCUGGAUAAGGCCUUUGCUGAGAGAAUCAUCCAUGACUACAAGGACAUCUUCAAGCAGGCGACGGAGGAUCGGCUCACCAGUGCCAAGGAGUUGCCCUACUUCGAGGGGGACUUCUGGCCCAACGUGCUGGAGGAGAGCAUUAAAGAGCUGGAGCAGGAGGAGGAGGAGCGCAAGAAGGAGGAGAACACAGCAGCCUGUGAAACCCCGGAGGGGACUCCAGGGGACAGCAAGAAUGCCAAGAAGAAGAACAACAAGAAGACCAACAAGAACAAGAGCAGCGUGAGCCGCGCCAACAAGAAGAAACCAGGCAUGCCGAACGUGGCCAACGACUUGUCCCAGAAACUCUACGCCACCAUGGAGAAGCACAAAGAGGUGUUCUUUGUUAUCCACCUGCACGCGGGGCCGAUGGUGAACACCUUGCCGCCCAUCAUGGACCCGGACCCGCUGCUGACGUGCGACUUGAUGGACGGGCGAGACGCCUUCCUGACGCUGGCACGGGACAAGCACUGGGAGUUCUCGUCGCUGCGCCGCUGCAAGUGGAGCACCAUGUGCAUGUUGGUGGAGCUGCACCACCAAGGCCAAGACCGCUUCGUCUACACGUGUAAUGAGUGCAAGCACCACGUGGAGACGCGCUGGCACUGCACCGUCUGCGAGGACUUUGACCUGUGCAUCAACUGCUAUAACACUAAGGGCCAUGAGCACCACAUGGUCAAGUGGGGUCUGGGCCUGGAUGACGACAGCAGCAGCCAGAGCAGCGAGGCCUCCAAGAGCCCGCAGGAGAGCCGGCGCCUCAGCAUCCAGCGCUGCAUCCAGUCUCUGGUGCACGCCUGCCAGUGCCGCAACGCCAACUGCUCGCUGCCGUCCUGCCAGAAGAUGAAGCGCGUGGUGCAGCACACCAAGGGCUGCAAGCGCAAGACCAACGGCGGCUGCCCCGUCUGCAAGCAGCUCAUUGCGCUCUGCUGCUACCAUGCCAAGCACUGCCAGGAGAACAAGUGCCCUGUGCCCUUCUGCCUCAACAUCAAGCAGAAGCUACGGCAGCAGCAGCUGCAGCACAGGCUGCAGCAGGCGCAGAUGAUGCGCCGGCGCAUGGCCACCAUGCAGGGCCGGGGCGUUCCCCCGAGCCUGCCGUCCCCGCCUACCUCAGCAGCCGCGCCUGGCACACCCACCUCGCACCAACAGCCUAACACUCCGCAAACUCCGCAGCCUCUGGCCUCCUCGCAGUCACCAACACCCAAUGCUGGUGUCCUGUCGCCCUCCUAUCCUGCAACGCCCCGCACUGGCCAGCCACCGGCUCCCGCCUCUCAGGGGAAGCCGCAGGGCCCCCAUGCAUCACCGCUGCACCAGCAGCAGCAGUCUCCCCUGCCCCAGCCGACACAGCCGUCGCCGCUGCAGCAGCAGCUUCCUCCACCGCCGCCGCAGCAGCAACAGCCCCCUCUGGCGGCAGUGAAGAUGGCCCGGCACAUCGAGCGGGUGGCCCAGGCGCAGCAGCACCAGCAGCACCCAGGCUACCGUAUCAACAUGAAUGGCCUCCACCAACAGCGUAUGCCAGGGCCCGUGCCAGGCAACAUGCCGAUAGCGGGACCCCGGGCGCAGCAAGUCAUGCAGGGUGUUCCGCCCGGCCAGUGGUCUGGGGGGCCCCAGGGGCCCAUUCAGACCCAGGUUCCCCCGCAACAACAGCAGCAGCAGCAGCAGCAGGCCCCUCCUCAGCAACCUCAGGGCCCACAGCCAGCCAUGCCAAUGCAGCGGCCCCUGAUGCCGCAGCAGCAACCCCGCUUGCCGGGUGCCGUUCAACCCCCCCAGGGACCCCCGCAGCAGUCGCCCCAGCGGGCGGCCACCAUCACUGCCGGAGCCCUGCAGGACCUGCUCCGCACACUAAAGUCUCCGAGCUCUCCCCAGCAGCAGCAGCAGGUGCUCCGUAUCCUCAAGUCAAACCCACAGCUUAUGGCAGCUUUCAUCAAGCAGAGGACAGCUAAGUAUCAGGCCAGCCAGCCGGUCCCACAGCAGCAGCAGGGAGCACCACAGGUGCCUCCGCAGGGCAUGCAAGGGGUCAUGCCUCCCAUGCAAGGUGGGCCGGUGCAGCGGCCAGGGAUCCCUCCCCAGGCCCCCCAGCAGGGAGCGCCACAGCCCAUGGGAGUGCUGGCAUCGCAGGCCCCCAAAGGGCCGCUUAUGAACCCCGGUCACCCGAAUCCUCAGCUCCAGGAGAUGUACCGCCGGCAGCUGCUCCGACAGCAGCAGCAGCAGCUGCAGCAGGGAGCCAUGGCCCAGGCCCAGGCCCACGGGCAGUUUCCCCAGAACCAGGCCUCAGCAACAAGCUACUCUCAGCUUCGAAUGCAGCAGCAGCAGCAGCAGCAGCUGGCCAUGCAGGGCGGUGGUGCACCCCUGGGCCAGAUACCACCCAUGGGGCAGAUGGGUCAAGCUGGCCUGGGGCUGGACGGAACCCAGAACCUCCUGCACCAACAGCGCAUGCUCCAGCAGCAGCAACAGCAGCAGCUACCCCAGCAGCAGGCUGUGUUGAAGCCCCCGAUGGGCUCCCCAGCCCCACCUAGCGCCAUGAGCCCCCAGCCACACAUGCUCCCUGGUCAGCCCAUGGCCCCGUCGCUCCCCGGCCAGGUGCGCUCGCCGGCCCCCGUGCCGUCCCAGCAGCCCCCGCCACAUUCCAGCCCGUCGCCUCGGAUUCAGUCGCAGCCCUCCCCGCAACACGUGGCCACGCACACAGGCUCGCCGCACCCCGGCCUGGCCCCGCCCAUGCCCGGCCCCAUGGAGCAGGGGCAUUUGGGAACGCCCGAGCAGAGCGCCAUGCUGUCGCAGCUGAACACGCCGAGCCGCGGGGGGCUGCCGGGGGACCUGGCCAUGGGGGGCGACCCCUCCGGCGACACGCUGGAGAAGUUUGUUGAGAGAUUGUAGCGUUUGAGGCGGGAAGAAUGCCCUUCUUCUUCGUCUUUCGGUCACAGAGAACACUUUGUACUGACAUGCAUAAAGUUUAAAGGAAUAUUUAAAAAAAAUAAAAAAUAAAAAAACAAAACUCGUCAGCAGUGCUAGGGAAUGUUUCUUUUUCCUACCUGGAGAAGCAUCUAUUUCUUCCUACAAGUUGAAGGACAUAAAUUGCUGUUUAAUGGAAAAAGUAAAUCGUAAAGAAUAUAUUUUUCUUUGACCACAU